AAUUUUAUUACUUCUGAAAGCUGAUUUCAAAUCACAAUCCCAUUUUGAUUAUAAUGUCAAAUGAAGAUAAUUCUUUGGUUUUUGAUGCAUCUGUUUUUCAACAUCAGUACAAUAUACCAUCACAAUUCAUAUGGCCUGAUCAUGAGAAACCUUGUCCCGAGCCACCACCAGUACUAAAUCUCCCUACUAUAGAUUUGGGUAGCUUUCUCUCAGGCGAUGUGGACUCUGUUUGGGGUGCAACUUGUCUAGUCAACCAGGCAUGUAGAGAACACGGAGCCUUUCUCGUUGUAAAUCAUGGGGUCGAUUUGGAACUUGUCGAGGAAGCUCACAAGGGAAUGGACUAUUUCUUUGGGAAGCCACUUGAUGAGAAACAAAGGGCCCAGAGAAAAAUUGGUGAUUAUUGUGGUUACGCUAGUAGCUUUGCUAACAGAUUUUCUUCCCAGCUUCCCUGGAAAGAGACACUUUCUUUUCGUUACAGCGCUGAUCUUCAGUUGUCUGACAUUGUUGAGAGAUAUUUCUUGAAUGUGAUGGGCGAGAAUUACAGACAAUUCGGGAGGGUUUGCCAAGAAUAUUCUGAAGCCAUGAGCAGUCUUUCUCUUAACAUCAUGAAGCUCCUGGGAAUGAGCCUUGGGGUGGGGCCAGCUUGUUUCAGAGAAUACUUUGAAGGAAAUGAUUCUAUAAUGAGAUUAAACUACUAUCCUCCAUGUCAGAAACCUGAUCUAACUCUUGGCACAGGCCCCCAUUGUGACCCUACUUCCUUAACUAUCCUUCAUCAAGAUAAUGUUGGUGGCCUUGAAGUUUUUUAUGAUGACAAAUGGCAUUCCGUUUCUCCCAAUCCACAAGCUUUUGUAGUCAACAUUGGCGACACAUUCAUGGCCCUGUCGAAUGGGAUUUACAAGAGUUGCUUGCAUAGAGCAGUUGUAAACAGUAAAGUUCCAAGGAUAUCCAUGGCAUUCUUUCUUUGUCCAAAGAUGGACAAAAUGGUAAGGCCACCAAAGGAAUUGGUAUGCGAAGAAAAUCCAAGAAUGUAUCCAGAUUUCACAUGGCCGGCUCUUCUUGAGUUCACACAGAAGCAUUACAGAGCUGACACGAAAACGCUUGAAGUUUUCACCAAUUGGCUUCAACAGAAAAGCAGUCAAGAUACUACCACAUUGAAUGGUUAAAGAUAGAGAAAAGACUAAUUACAAGAACUUCACAAAGACGAGAAAAAAGAAGAAUUGCAUUUUGUAGGGUAUUUAGAAGAAUAAGGAAGCCAGAGAAUGAACUGGAAAGAAAGGCAAUCAGAGCCGUACUGUUACAGAAUUAUUCCGUCCUUGAUUUUAAGAAGGAAAAAAAAAUGGAAAUUUCCUAUUUUGCAUGGAUAAAGAACUUUAAGGGUGGUUAUAAUGUAUAGUCAACUGUGACUCGUUUGCAUGUUGAUAUUUUUUACUAAAACAAAUAUUAAACUAGUUUUGACUUAUGAGAUGAUUGAGAAUUGAGCUCUUAAUUACAUUCAAUUCCUUUUCA